AUGCGAUGCGCGAGCAAGGCCGCCGAGAGCGCGUCUGAACGUCUCUGUGCGGACGCCGAAGCAGAAACAACAGCAACUGAUGUCCCAUCGGUUGCUGCAGCGACUCAGCCUGUGUCACCUGGUGAUGCAGGUGCUGGUCAUGAAGACACUCGUGUCUUCACAGAGUACGAGCUCGGUGUCUCGUACUCUCCUGAUACGGAUGACGGAUCCGUAUCGACGGCGAUCGAAUCCAAGCCGCCUGUCAAGCGUGGCAUGGACGAUGCUUUGCGUCGCAGCAUCUUUGGUUCAUCUGAUGAAUCAGAUGAACCAUCGCCGAAGCGAAGGCGCUCGAGGUCGCGAGACUCGGGCGCUAAAAGUGGUGUCGGUCCUUCUAUGGACACCACUUCACAGCGAGGUGCCAGUACUUCUGUCGGCACGUCGCAGGAAGAGCGGGACCGCAAUGUCUUGCGUCUCGCUCCCGAGAAGAAGGCAUGGAUGCCUCCAAAUCUGUCAUGGAUCACUUGUCGGCGACGACGAGUGAUCGUUAUCGAACACGAUUGUUCGAUUCGUCAAGGAUCCAUCACCUUAACCCCAGCGCGAAAAACUAUCGCGCUGAACACGAAUUCUUCAUCGAUGCUUUCUUCAAACAUCGAUGGCACGGUGGGAAUCACAAACGUGAUGGUCCCUCACUGCUUCAAGCGUGGAACGCCUACAUCCAUAACCUCGAGGAUGUAG